AUGCGGCCCCUUUGGUUUACAUCGUUGUCCUGCGUUUGCGCUCUUUUGGCUGUCGCCAAUGCUGGUCCUCCUCCACACAAGAGUAAGGAUAAGAAUCUGGCCAAGAAGGUAACAUGUGGAGGUAAUACGUAUAAUUACCAUGGGUUAGAGGGAUAUGGAUUUGUGCCGUCGAAUGCCGUUGACAAAUACGGCGAUACCAUGGGCGGAAUUGGUGGCGCCCUGGCUAUCGAGCAAUCUUCAUGGCACAGGAAGGAAGAUGGCACGUAUGAAGGGAUCGCAUGGGCGUUACCGGAUCGUGGAUGGAAUACCAAUGGGACCCUGAAUGUCCAGGCACGAAUCCAGAAGCUGUCUCUCUCCUUCAAGCCUUCCCGUGAGGCAUCUGUGAAGAAGCCUUCCCAGCCGAAUCUCCAAAUAAAGCAUUUGGACACCGUUCUUCUCACGGGACCCGACGGAACCCCCACGACAGGUCUCGAUGCAGAUGUGACCGGCUUCAUAGAAUUUCCCGGUUUCCCACCCUUGCCGGGGGCAACAUACUCUGGCGACGGGUUCGGCAGCGAAGAAGGAACAAGCGGACGCCGCAUCACUAUGGAUACUGAGGGUCUCGCCUUAGGCGUGGGAGGAAGCUUCUGGGUAUCUGACGAAUACGGGCCAUACAUCUACCAGUUCACGCGGGAGGGUAAAAUGAUCCAAGCAAUCCAACCACCCGAAGCAUAUCUCCCACGUCGAAAUGGGAGUCUCAGCUUCAGUGCCGCCUCCCCACCCAUCUACGACCCAGAGAAGUUGCCCGUACCUGAAGACACGGAAUCAGGGCGGAACAACAACCAGGGCUUCGAAGCGUUGACACUCUCGCCAGACGGCAUGGAGUUGUUUGUCAUGAUCCAAUCAGGUCUGAAUCAGGAGGGCGGGCCGAAGAAGAAGAAUCGGAAACAGGCACGGCUAUUACAGUAUGAUAUUUCAGGCUGCAAACCGCGGUAUAUACACGAGUACGUCGUCACGCUUCCAACGUACCCCGAUAGGUCCGAAAAAGACCAGGAGAAGUCUCGUAUUGUUGCUUCACAGUCGGAAAUUCACAUGCUGCCCACUGGAGACUUCUUGAUCCUAUCGCGAGACUCAGGUUCCGGUCAUGGCCAGAAGGAGUCACGCUCUGUCUACCGCCAGGCAGACAUUUUCGCAAUCACUAACCGCACUACGGACAUCAAAUCUGAGAAAUAUGAUGCUGCUACCGGCUCGAUUGCUUCGGACAAGGGGGAGUUGAAAGACGGGAUCGAACCAGCAGAGUAUUGCGAAUUUAUCGAUUACAACCUCGAGUCAGAGUUGGGCAAGUUCGGUCUGCACAACGGCGGCGAACAAGACAAGAUGCUGCUGAAUGAGAAGUGGGAGAGCCUGGCUCUGGUUCCGGUUGAUGAGCGGGAUUGUGAUAAGAAGGGCUGUGGUCAUGGCGAAGGAGGAUUGCAGGAAUACUUUUUGAUUAGUUUCAGUGACAAUGACUAUAUCACUCAAGACGGUCUGUCCCCCCAAACCACCACCGCGCAGCUUCAUUCAUUGCUCUUUGUUAUCCAUGACAUGCUGACAUUUUCCUGGCAUUUGGGAACCUAG